GGCAGUGUGUCACUGUCACCAGGCUUGCCAUCUUGUGGGUGAGCGACGCAUAUACAAAUCUUCUGCCUAUCCACCCUCACUACCAUUAUCAUCACCACCACUAGCAUCCCCACUCAUGAUGGAUUGUCCUUCGACUCCCUCCUUCUGUGUGUCAUCAUCCUUGAUUCACAGCCCUGACAAUUAUCACAACUCACAGUGAAAGUGUGUGUGUGAGAGAGAGAGAGAGAGAGAGAGAUAGGAGAACAGACCAGAGCGAGAGAGAGCGAUAGGAGAGGAGACCAGCGAGAGAGAGAGCGAUAGAUGAGCAGACCAGAGAGAGAUUACACUAAGGAGGGAGGACCUGUUGACAUAUCUCUCAAGUCAGCCAUGAGGAUCUCCUUCAGGACUGGAAACUACCUCAGAUAAUCUGACACCACUGCAAACAAGCAUACAGUCAAUGCUGGAGCACAUGGACCAUGACACAACCAGGAUGACUCCACUCUCUGAGACCCAACAAGACCCACAGCUUUGGAAUUGUGAACCACAACUGUCUCAACCAGCCUCCAGGAAGUGUUGUGGAGUGUGUAUGUCUAUCGUGAUGUGUUUUUAUUAUGACGAUCUGAUUGGAGGACUGACAGAUGGGAUGACUAAAGAGAAGCUGGAGGAACAGGCUCGUUAGUCUGCACUGGUAUCUAUUGUGAGCUGGCUGGAUUAACCUCGAGGGGGGCUCCCCUAGUAGCCAUGGCUGAGAUGGAGGAGUUCUCCCCCAUGUCCCCGCGGCGCACCCCACGCCGGACCCCCCGUGUGCUGCGCCUGGACCCGGCCCUGCUCCAGCGGCGCGUGUUGGAGGACCAGGUGGAACUGUGGUGGUUCCGCGAGCCGCGGCGCUCCCUGCUCUGCUACUGCAUCUCAGUGAGCCUCGUCCUGGGCUUGGGGCUGGGCGGCGUAGGCCUCCUCUACACCACCACCAGCCUGUCCGGGGAGUGGCGCCUAGGAGUGGGCACCAUGCUCUGCCUCCUAGCUCUGGCUGUCCUCCUCAAACAGCUCCUUAGCUCCGCCGUCCAGGAUAUGAAUUGCGUUCGCAGCCGGAGGCGGAUAGAGUUAAUGAAGAGCGGUGGACGGGCGGACCCGGUGGUCAUCCUUUUCACCGGGAUGGCUUUGGCACUCAGCGGAGGGGUCCUACUCUACAUGUCGCUAGCCAGCGGGCACCAUGGGCCCAGGCAGCGCCACCGGGAUAUGUUCCUGUCCGGGGUGGUGCUACUGUGGGUAGGGGGCACCACCGGGUUGGCGGUGGCUGGGUACUUGCUGGUAGUGCACCUCCAGCAGAGGAGAGAGAGGAGGAUGUUGCAGAGGCGGAGGAGGGGAGGGAGAGGGUUGCGGGACCGGGCAGUCAGAGUGUUUACAGUCUCCUCUAGUAGAACUAGCCUCAUCUGAGAGAGCAGACCUGGGUCUUGUUCAUUAGGCACCACACGGCGUUGCCCUAAUGAACACUACCCUUGGUUCAAAUAGUAUUUGUAUUUCUUUAAAAUACUUGAGCUGUGCUUGAUUGAGCUUGCCUGGCGCUAUGGGACCAGAGCCAUAAAUACUGUAUACAUCCCAGGUCUGUUGAAGAGGAGAGGAAAACAAGUGAGGAGAGGAGAGCAGGAGGUGAAAAGAGGAGGGGAGAGGGAGGCAAGUUAGGAGAGGAGAGACAAGACGAGACUAGGGGACUUAAUAGAUGAAGGGACUUGAGGGGAGGGAAAGAUAGGAAAGGGGUAUCACCACUCACUCUCCCGGGUCUGUAACAGACUCCUGUGUUGGUUGCUGGCACUGUGACUGCGUCAUCCUGUUGACUAAUGCCCAUUGCAGACCAUGCCCACUAUGCCAACUAGGCCAUUCACCACUGAUGUGUUGUGGGAACCAGGCUGUGCAGGGUGACACCAGCCUCACGGACCCCCAGGACCCUCUGUCAGACUGGCCAUUGUUUCUGUCAGUGGCAGAAUGAGUGCUACACUGCCAUCGUCACAAACAAGCCACUCGCAUGGGGGAGACCCGACUAAGUCACAUUGUUCUAGUUCCUCUAUGUUGUUUUGACUCACUUGUCCUAUUUGAUGUUGCUAUAUUGAUCCACAUUUGGUAGUCUAAUCGGUGCUUAACUUGUAAAUCGGAAGGUGCAGGAACAACAUUUUUGCAUGAAAUCGGGUGACCUGGGGAGCUCAGAGGUACUGGAAAACAUGACAAAAUAGAUGCACCUUUAUAAUAAAGCAUAACGUGCAUAUCGUCGCAUUCACCUAGUGGCAUAGAGUUUACAGAAGUUUGCGCUUACAGAAGUUGCACACAUGGGCAGUGGUGGAAAAAGUACCCAGUUGUCAUACUUGAGUAAAAGUAAAGAUACCUUUAAUGGAAAAGGACUCAAGUAAAAGUGAAAGUCACCCAGUAAAAUACUACUUGAGUAAAAGUCUAAAAGUAUUUGGUUUUCAAUAUACUUAAGUAUCAAAAGUAUAUUUAAUUGCUCAAAUAUACUUAAGUAUCAAAAGUACAAAUCAUUUAAAGUUCCUUAUAAUAAGCAAAUCAGACGGCACCAUUUUUUUAUUUUUUAUUUUAAUUAACGGAUAGCCAGGGGCACACUCCAACACUCAGACAUUAGUUUCUUUCGGAAUGUAGUGAAGUAAAAGUUGUCCAAAAUGUAAAUAGUAAAGUAAAGUACAGAUACCCCCCAAAAAACGACUUAAGUAGAACCCUUAGUAGCCUAGGUUCUGGGGAAAAUGUGCCCUUUAAUAAACGCAUUUCAUGCAACUCUACAUACUUUUACGACUGCAGACUUUGGAAGAAUCUUUUUUAAUACCACACAAAUGAUUGAAAUGACAGGCUAGUUUGACACUGACAAACUGAGAAUCUGAAUUCAUUUAAAACGACCUAGUCUUGAUUCCAUCAAUAGCCUAGGCCUAGAUGUGUGGAGACACAUAUUGUACAAUAUGAGGAAGAAACUACAGUCCUAAAAUAGCUUUCCAGUUUCACUGACUCACCCAAUGAUGUGCAGCGCACUCGUGGCAAAAGCUCUUUCUUGUUAUACUUUGUCAAACAUUGUAAAACAAUGCUGUUUGCUCAAUAGGCCUAUUUGGAAGUUGAUCAAAUAUUUUGGUAGCCUACAGACAGAUUAGUCUUCUCUUUUAAAUGGAGGAGUAUUCUGAAUUAUUUCAUUUAUUUCUGUACAGACAGCAGUAAUUCUAUAACUUUGGCAAAUGUAUUUCAAUUUAUCAGGGGUGCUGACUCCGUAAGGAAAAAUUGGCAUAUAAUUUAUUUUUACAAACAAAUGUGAUGAAGUGCAAUGCUGGAAAAAUAAGAGUUGCAGGAUCAUGUCUUUCAGAGCAGAGAGAGGGAGAGAGAUCAUAGAAAGUGACUCUCAUUCUAGUUCUGUGAGAGACAAGCGCGCUUCUCUCUCUCACCACAGCAACGACCAUUCGUUGGUCUCAAACAGGCUACGGUGUUGCGCAAACCUAAAUCAACUUUUUAUUAGGGGGCAGGAAAAUGAAUGACAAGGCAACUCAAAUGAACUUUGAUCGCUUUUAUUUACAUUUUUACAUUGCAAACAGUGAAAGUUAUUUGUCGAAGCCACAAGCGGUAUCGGAUCCUACCAAAUAGGUUCCGGAACGAAACAGUCCAAAAAUUAGAGGUACCGGAUCCUGUUCAAAUUAAGCACUGGUAGUGUUUCUAAUUAACAGUUAUGCGUAAAAUAUAAGACCAAAUGCAGGGAUGGUUGCAAUGUCCAUAUGAGGAAAGUCUCAGCAACACUUGUUCUAAGCUGUCCUAAUAUGGACACCGCACAUUUAUUUUGUAUGUACUGUAUCAGAUGAAUAUCAACAUUUUUACGAAUAUGAUGAUAUGGACUCAACAUCUACAGGUCAAUCUGUCUGUAUAGAUUGUAUAUUCUACUGUUUUUAACUAAAUGCUGAGAAGAAAGUGACAGUGUAUAUAAACCUGAGAACUGUAAACGAUCGAUGAGAACAAACUUUAAUCUUUUCUCCAUGAGACUUAUUGUCUUAAUUCUUCAUCAAUGAUGAUAUAGUGGCAAAGAAAAUGACUGAAAAUAAAAAAAAUUGUACAAGAGCCACAUUUCAAUAAUUUAUUUACCAAGUAGAUUAUAAUAAAUGUAUCAAUAUCAAUGGUUACAUACAAGUGUUGUUCAUUGUUAUUGCUUGAUAAAACAACAUCACUUGAGCAUAGUGUUAAAUAGAUCUCGCAUCUUGAACAUAAUACAAUUUUUACAUUAUAUAAAAAGUGUCAAAAGACUACACAAAGUGCCUUCAGAAAGUAUUUAUACCCCUUGACUUAUUUCACAUUUUGAUUAAUUACAGCCUGAAUUCAAAACGGAUUACAUUGAUAAAUUGUCUCACCGAUCUAGACACAAUGCCCCAUAAUAACAAAGUGAAAACGUGCUUUUAGAAAAGUUUGCACAUUUAUUGAAAAUAAAAUACAGAAAUAUCUCAUUUACAUAAGUAUUCACAUUACAUGUUAGAAUGACAUUUGGAAGUGAUUACAGCUGUGAGUCUUACUGGGUAAGCCUCGAAGAGUUUUUCAAACCUGGAUUGUACAAUAUUUGCCCAUUAUUCCUUUCAAGCUCUGACAAAUUGGUUGUUGAUCAUUAAUAGACAACCAUUUUCAUGUCUUGCCAUAUAUUUUCAAGCAGAUAUAAGUCAAAACUGAAACUCGGACACUCACUGUCUUCUUGGUAAGCAACUCCAGUGCAGAUUUAGCCUUGUGUUUUAGGUUAUUGUCCUGCUGAAAGGUGACUCAAUCUCCCAGUGACUGGCUGAAAGCAGACUGAACCAGUGAUUCCUCUAGGAUUUUUUCCUGUGCUUACAGUUGCAGUCGGAGGUUUACAUAGCCAAAUACACCUUAGCCAAAUACAUUUAAACUCAGUUUUUCACAAUUCCUGACAUUUAAUCCUAGUAAAAAUUCCCUGUUUUAGGUCACUUAGGAUCACCACUUUAUUUUAAGAAUGUGAAAUGUCAGAAUAAUAGUAGAGAGAAGGAUUUAUUUCAGCUUUUAUUUCUUUCAUCACAUUCCCAGUGGGUCAGAAGUUUACAUACACUCAAUUCGUAUUUGGUAGCAUUGCCUUUAAAUUGUUUAACUUGGGUCAAAUGUUUCAGGUCGCCUUCCACAAUCUUCCCAAAAUAAGUUGGGUGAAUUUUGGCCCAUUCCUCCUGACAGAGCUGGUGUAACUGAGUCAGGUUUGUAGGCCUCCUUGCUCGCACACGCUUUUUCAGUUCUGCCAACAAAUUGUCUAUGGGAUUGAGGUCAGGGCUUUGUGAUGGCCACUCCAAUACCUUGACUUUGUUGUCCUUAAGUCAUUUUGCCACACCAUUGGAAGUAUGCUUGGGGUCAUUUAGAAGACCCAUUUUCAACCAAGCUUUAACUUCCUGACUGAUGUCUGGAGAUGUUACUUCAAUAUAUCCACAUAAUUUUCCUGUCUCAUGAUGCUAUCUAUUUUGUGAAGUGCACCAGUCCCUCCUGCAGAAAAGCACCCCCACAACAUGAUGCUGCCACCGCCGUGCUUCACGGUUGGGAUGGUGUUCUUCGGCUUGCAAGCACCACAUGUUAUCCUUCAAACAUAACGAUGGUCAUUAUGGCCAAACAGUUCUAUUUUUGUUUCAUCAAACUAGAGGACAUUUCUCCAAAAAAGUACGAUCUUUGUCCCCAUGUGCAGUUGCAAACCGUAGUCUGGCUUUUUUGUGGCGGUUUUGUAGCAGUGGCUUCUUCCUUGCUGAGCGGCCUUUCAGGUUAUGUCGAUAUAGGACUCGUUUUACUGUGGAUAUAGAUACUUUUGUACCCGUUUCCUCCAGCAUCUUCACAAGAUCCUUUGCUGUUGUUCUGGGAUUGAUUUGCACUUUUCACACCAAAGUACGUUCAUCACUAGGAGACAGAACUCGUCUCCUUCCUGAGCGGUAUGAUGGUUGCGUGGUCCCAUGGUGUUUAUACUUGUGUACUAUUGUUUGUACAGAUGAACGUGGUACUUUCAGGCGUUUGGAAAUUGCUCACACGGAUGAACCAGACUUGUGGAGGUCUACAGUUUACUUUUUUAGGUCUUGGCUGAUUUCUUUUGAUUUUCCCAUGAUGUCAAGCAAAGAGGCACUGCGUUUGAAGGUAAGCCUCGAAAUACACCCACAGAUACACCUCCAAUUGACUCAAAUUAUGUCAAUCAGGCUAUCAGAAGCUUCUAAAGCCGUGACAUCAUUUUCUGGAAUUUUCCAAGCUGUUUAAAGGCACAGUCAACUUAGUGUAUGUAAACUUCUGACCCACUGGAAUUGUGAUACAGUGAAUUAUAAGUGAAAUAAUUGGUCCGUAAACAAUCGUUGGAAAAUUUACUUGUGUUAUGCACAAAGUAGAUGUCCUAAACAACUUGCCAAAACUAUAGUUUGUUAACGAGAAAUUUGUGGAGUGGUUGAAAAACUUGUUUUAAUGACUCCAACCUAAGUGUAUGUAAACUUCCGACUUCAACUGUAGCUCCAUUCCGUUUAUUUUUUAUCCUGAAAAACACCCCAGUCCGUAACGAUUACAAGCAUACCCAUAACAUGAUGUAGCCACCACUAUAUUUGAAAAUAUGGCGAGUGGUACUCAGUAAUGUGUUGUAUUGGAUUUGCCCCAAACAUAAGUCUUUGUGUAUAAAGGACAAAAAGUGAAAUGCUUUGCCACAUUUUUUGCAGUAUUACUUUAGUGCCUUGUUGCAGACAGGAAGCAUGUUUUGAAAUAUUUUUUUCUGUGCAGGGUUCCUUCUUUUCACUCUGUCAAUUAGGUUAGCAUUGUGUAUUAACUACAAUGUUGUUGAUCCAUCCUCAGUUUUCUCCUAUCAUAGCCAUUAAACUCAAUAACUGUUUUAAAUUCACCAUUGGCCUCAUGGUGAAAUCCCUGAGCGGUUUCCUUCCUCUCCGGCAACUGAGUUAGGAAGAACACCUGUAUCUUUGUAGUGACUGGGUGUAUUGAUACACCAUCCAAACUGUAAUUAAUAACUUCACCAUACUCAAAGGGAUAUUAAAUGUCUGCUUUGUAUUAUGGUACUUGUUAAGCACAUUUUUACUCCUGAACGUAUUUAGGCUUGCCAUAAUAAACGGGGUGAAUACUUAUUGACUCAGGACAUUUCAGCCUUUUAAUUUUUUUAUAAUUUGAAAACAUUUUGAAAAACAUAAUUCCACUUUGGCAUUAUGGGGUAUUGUGUGUAGGCCAGUGACAAAUACAUAUACAUUUGAACCGUUUUAAAUUGAGGCUGUAACACAACAAAAUUUGGAAAAGUCAAGGGUUGUAAAAGGCACUGUACAACCCUAAAAAUCAAGGAUAUGUUGUUUGUGCAAACAGAUCAUCAGCAUUGCGGAGUGUCUUCAGAAAAUUAAAAUCAUUGCAUAUCAAACAAUAAGAUUUGCAUCAUCAUUACUCAUCUUCAAUAUGCAUCAUCCUUAUCAUCCUAAUAAUAAAUUACAUUUAAAAGCACUUCUCAUUCGAUGGGUGGCUCAUUUAGUCCCACACCUGAGAAUAGUCCAACUUUAAACUAAACAUAACUUUUAAGUCUUAAUGAAGCCGUCAUAAAACCUUUAUAAGGCUGACAUUUAAAUCAUUCAUAAGCAAACAUCAUGCCAUAUAAGUGUGGAUUGUGUUAAAUCCAACAAUGUAUAGUUGGUGUCCCUGUAAGGUGGUGUCCCCAAGGUUCUAUUCUGGGUCCUGUGCUUUUCUAUACUGUUAUUAUGCAUAAUUAGAUGUAAUUACCUUAUAUCAUCAUUUAUGUAUGUGUUUGCGUACAAAUUAUUUCAGUGUACAAAACAUUAGGAACACAUGUUAUUUCCAUGACAGACUAACCAGGUGAACCCAGGUGAAAGAUUUAAUCCCUUAGUGAUUUCACUUAAAUCCACUUUCAAGUAGUGUAGAUGAAGGGGAAGAGACAUGUUAUCAUCAGUGACAAAAUCUAUGACUCAUAGCAUACGUAUCGGUGAAUCGUCGUGACAUAUGAAAUACGAGUGAGAGUGUAAUCAAUGUGUAAUAACUACGUAAAAAAUGUAUGAACGUGUUAAAUCAUUAUGUGACUUGGAGUCAUAUUCAGGUCCUGAUUGGUCAAGAAGCUUAUUUGACGCAUCAAAUAGUGUUAUUUGACGCAUAUCUUUUUGACACGUAAAGACCCAAACGGCGUUCCAUAGUCAACAUGGGCCAGCACCCCGCUUUCGACAUCUUGUAGAGUCCAUGCUAUCACAAGGCUGUUGAGGCUGUUAUGAGGGCAAAAGUGGUUGCAACUCAAUAUUAGGAAGGUGUUCCUAAUGUUUGGUACACUCAGUGCACAAAGUGUGCUCUUGACGGAUGAAUCACGGUUUCAACUGUACUGGGCAGAUGGCAUGUAAUUGCGUUGUGUGAGCGAGCGGUUUGCUGAUGUUAACAUUGUGAACAGAGUGCCCCAAGCUGGUGGUGGGGUUAUGGUAUGGGCAAGCGUAAGCUACGGACAACGAACACAAUUGCAUUUUAUCAAUGACAAUUUGAGAUAACGUGACAAGAUCCUGGGGCCCAUUGUCGUGCCAUUCAUCCACCGCCAUCACCUCAUAUUUCACCAUGAAACGUUAAAGAAAUGUUUUUUAAAGGAACAUACCAAACCCUGGCCCCAUGUUGCAAGGAUCUGUACACAAUUCCUGGAAGCUGAAAAUGUCCCAGUUCUUCCAUGGCCUGCAAACUCGCCAGACAUGUCACCCAUUAAGCAUGUUUGGGAUGCUCUGGAUCGACGUGUGCGACAGAGUGGUCCAGUUCCCGCCAAUAUCCAGCAACUUUGUACAGCCAUUGAAGCGGAGUGGGACAACAUUCCACAGGCCAAAAUCAACAGCCUGAUCAACUCUCUCCGAAGGAGAUGUCACGCUGUAUGAGGUAUCUGUGACCAACAGAUGCAUAUCUGUAUUCCCAUUAAUGUGAAAUCCAUAGAUUAGGGCCUAAUGAAUUUAUUUAAAUUGACUGAUUUCCUUAUAUGAACUGUAACUCAGUAAAAGCUUUUACAUUUUUG